AUGAAGGUGCAGACAACUGUCCAGCCAGUAUUUGUUAGCCGCAAAGUAAGCCAAGAUCUUAAAGUACGAGAAAUCAAGCCACAGAUUGUCAACCAACAACGCGUCGUUUAUCAAUUUCAAUGUGACCUGUGUGAUGCGGGUUAUGUGGGCUAUACACGCGGACACUUACACACACGCGUGGAUGGACAUAAACGAAAGGCAUCUUCAAUAUAUAAACACUACCACGAACAGCACAGCGAAGUCCCGAAAGACCUACUGAAACGUUUUAGCAUUCUGAAAAGUGUAGUAACAAGUUCGAUUGUUUGGUGAACGAAAUGCUUUUCAUCAGAGACUUAAAACCCACUCUGAACGUGCAAAGCGAUUCAAUUCGCGCAAAAGUAUUUGUUUAA